UGGCAGUAAAGUUAUACAUGUUUUCAGUGCUUAAUUCAGGAUCACAGUAAAUAAGUUACUCCACCGUUAUUUUUUCGUUAUAUAAAAUACAGUAUUCAAAUUUGGUAGUUUCCGGAAGCGUGGACUUCGUGUUACGUAUUGUUAUAAAUACUCAGCUUUUUUUUUAGCCAAUAACUUCGAGCCACAGCAGUCUGUAGCGUAUUUCUGUCCGGAAGAUUGCAGGCAUAUUCAAAAUGGCUUCAGGAAGAAGACAGGUGCCCUCCUAUGACGUUAUCAACACCUUUAAGAGUCACACUGGGGCAAAAGACAAUCCUUUAAUGGGGUAUGUGCUUGAUCACUCACUGAGAGAGCACCCUGUACUGAAGAAGCUAAAACUGCAUACACUUGAACAUCCUGAAAACCGGAUGAUGGUGGCUUGUGAACAAGCUCAGCUAAUGGCCAACCUUGCCAAACUCAUUAAAGCAAAGAAAGCAAUUGAAGUUGGGGUAUUUACAGGGUACAAUGCUUUAAACCUGGCUCUUGCACUGCCGGCUGAUGGCAAGGUUGUUGCUUGUGAUGUCAGUGAAGAGUUUACCAGUGUGGGAAAACCCUUCUGGAAAGAAGCUGGAGUUGAACAUAAAAUUGACCUGAGGAUACAGCCAGCUCUACAAACCCUUGAUGAGCUUGUGGCCGCUGGUGAAGCUGAAACCUUUGACUUUGCCUUUAUAGAUGCUGACAAAUCUAAUUAUGACCACUAUUACGAGAAGUGCCUACUGCUAAUUAGGAAAGGAGGAAUUAUAGCCAUUGAUAAUGUGCUUUGGGGAGGAAAAGUGCUGAACCCAGAGACAGGCGACAAAGACACCCAGUGCAUUCACAAGCUGAAUGAGAAAAUUCAUAGAGAUUCCAGGGUCAAUAUCAGCAUGAUAACAGUAGGAGAUGGGUUAACCUUGGCAUUCAAGCUCUAACCUAUUACAGAUGUUAAAAGCAUACAGGUCAGGGAAUCGAUCCUAUGUUUUUAUGACCAGAAAACUGUUUGGAAAUACAGUAGGGGAACACUUUAUAAUAAUGACUUCAACUACUUAAUGCAUUUUAUAUGAACUACUGUAACCUUGCCUAAAAGUACCAGGAACAAGUCAUUUUGUACCUUGUUGCCUUUAGAAUGCAAAUGGAGCUUAAUAAAAUCAAUGCAGCAUUUAA